AUCUUAUUGAACUUUACAGUUGUACAGAGAGAUUUUUAACACAUUUUAAAGCACACUACAUUUUAAAGAACAGAGAAUCUAACCAAUUUUUUUCUUUUCUUUUAAAGAUAUAAAUAGUGGUAAGAGUAGUAUGACUGCUUCACUUUCUCUUUCUCUUUUGUUCAAGUAGUUUGGGAGAGAGAAGAGAAGAAGAAGACACCCUUUAAGCAAAACAGAGGAUUUUCAUUCUCUGUUCUGUUUGAAUUAUUACUAAUCUAUCAUCUUGUUGUUCUCUUCGUCGACAAUGUCGGGAAACAAAGAAGAAGAGGAUCCUCGUAUCCAUGGAAUCAAAACUAAGAUCCGUGUCGUUCCAGAUUUUCCCAAGAAAGGAAUAAUGUUUCAAGACAUAACAACAGUGUUGUUGGAUCCGAAAGCCUUCAAAGACACAAUUGAUCUGUUUGUGGAGAGGUACAGAGACAAGAACAUCUCAGUGGUUGCAGGAAUAGAGGCUCGUGGUUUCCUAUUCGGUCCACCGAUCGCGCUAGCCAUUGGAGCAAAAUUUGUUCCUCUGCGCAAACCCAAGAAACUACCUGGUUCUUAUACUUGCAUACCUUUCAUAUGAUUUAUUUUUGAAGUAGUACUAACACUAAAUCCAACUAGGUGAAACAAUAUUUGAGGAAUACGAGUUGGAAUAUGGAAAUGACCGCCUAGAGAUGCACAUAGGAGCCGUCGAGGCUGGCGAUCGAGCUUUGGUCGUUGAUGAUCUUAUCGCGACUGGUGGUACUCUCUGCGCUGCCAUUAACUUGCUCGAGAGGGUUGGAGCAGAAGUUGUGGAAUGUGCAUGUGUGAUCGAGUUACCCGAAUUAAAGGGAAGGCAGAGACUUAAGGGGAAGCCACUAUGUAUGCUUGUGGAGUACCGAUGAUGAUUUUAGCUUUACUUAUUUGGAUAAAAUUAUUCGGUUAAUUAAUUUAUGCUCCGAAAAUUCGGAUUAUGCAGACUUCUUAUUAUUGGAUUCUACAAUAUUUUGAUUUAAAUUCUAGCGGAUUAGCUGGAACAAAUAAUCCAAAGUUCUUUGCUGUUUAAAAGCAGUACUAGUUACCGGUAUACUAAUCAGCUAAAAUUAGUUAAACAAUUAUCAAUUUUAGAGUAUACUUCGAAGGUAAGAU